AAAAGAAGCGCAACUGCUGCAAAUCGACGCAAGAAGCUAAAAAGUGUUUAAAUAUCAGAAAACUGAGAGAGAAGUUUAAAAGAAGAGAAUGAGACUCGGAAAUAAGAUAUUUUAUAAUAAGUUUAAGUUUCUGAUCGCUGCUGCUGCUCUAGUUUUAUUCUGUGGAUUAGGCCUUUCUUGUGAAUUCAAUAUGGCUAUGGUUGGUGAUAUUCGUGACUCUCCUGAAGGAUCUCAAAACAGUCUUGAGAUCGAAGAUCUCGCCAAAUUUGCUGUUGAUGAACACAACAAGAAAGAGAAUGCGCUUUUGGAAUUCGUAAGGGUUGUGAAGGCGAAAGAACAGGUGGUUGCUGGUGCUAUGCACCAUUUGACACUGGAAGUAAUUGAGACUGGGAAGAAGAAAUUUUACGAAGCCAAGGUUUGGGUGAAGCCAUGGAUGAAUUUCAAGGAGUUGCAGGAAUUUAAGCAUUCUGAUCAUGAAUCUUCUGCCUCCACUUGUACUCCUUCCGAUCUUGGGGUUAAGCGAGAGGGCCAUGCACCAGGAUUGCAAGCAGUGCCAGCAGAUGAUCCUGCAGUCAAAGAUGCAGCGGACCAUGCCCUGAAGAGUAUCCAGCAGAGAUCUAAUUCCUUGGCUCCAUAUGAACUGCUUGAGAUUCUUUCUGCUAAGGCCGAGGUAAUUGAAGAAUCGGCCAAGUUCCAUAUGCUUCUCAAGCUGAAGAGGGGAAGCAAGGAAGAGAAGUACAAGGUUGAAGUACACAAAAAUGAAGAGGGUGCCCACCAUUUGAAUCAGAUGGAAGCUGACCUUUCUUAAGCUGACAUGAACCCUACUCUCUUCUAGUUACCGGGGUUGGACUGAAAUUGGACUGAAAUUGUCUGCUACAUGCAAAUCUACUGGAAUCUAGAACAUAUUUCUUAUAAUAAAUAUAGAUGUUCUCAUGGCCAAGUUGAUGUAUAUUCUGCAAAACGUACAAUGGAUGUGACUGAUUUUAUUUUGUAAUGCACUAAUCCUUUGAGUUUCCUC